AUGGAUAAUUGUCCUGAAAUAAUUGUUAAUCUUGAUACUAGCUCUGCUAAGUCAGAUUCAGUUGUUGGGAAGAAAAUUCCUUUGAUUGAGUUACCAGAUGAUUUGUUCGAAAAAAAUUUAGAUCCAUGGAGAUUCUCUCUUAUUGGAAGGUUAAAUUUACAUAAAAUUAAGUUUGUUGAUGUAGUUAUAAUUCUUAGAAGUCAAUGGAAAUUAGUUGGUGAUUGCAAACUAAUUCCAUUAGGAAGAGGUUUUUUCACAAUCAAACUAGAUAAUGAGAUUGAUCGAGAUCACAUCAAAUCAAAAGUAUGGGAGGUUAAAGAUCAAGUUCUCAAAGUCAGGGACUGGGUUUAUAAUUUUCGACCUGUUAGUCAAAGAAGUUCUAAGGCAUUUGUUUGGGUGCGUUUUCCGGGGUUAGGUCUUGAAUUUUGGAGUGAACAAAUUCUUUUUAAGAUUUGUCAGGAACUUGGUACUCCAAUUAAAAUUGUUGCGGAAACUGCUAAAUAUGAUGUUGGAUAUUAUGCAAAUGUGUUGGUGGAGGUAGAUUAUGCUCUUCCAAUUCCAAAUAAGGUUUGGAUUGGUACUAAAUAUGGUGGUUUCUUUCAAGAAAUCUCCAUUCCAGAUUGUUCCAAAUACUGUACUAUUUGUAAAAUGGUUGGACAUUUCAUUACCGAAUAUCGUGUUGAGAAAAAUAGAGUUACUGAAAAUACUUCAGCAUGA